AUGGGGCGAAUACGGACGCGCGGCCUCCAAGACCCGCCCCGCGCGCGUCCCUUGCGUCGCUUCCGCCGCUGCUGUCACCGCUGCUGUCUUGCUUUGGGUCCGCGGCUGCAACCCGCUACCCCUUACUCUCUCCCUCCGCGCACCACUGCCGCCGCAACCCUGGCGCUCCCUGCUGGUCCCGCCGAGGCCGCCUGCGCUCUGUGCCAGCACGCGCCCCGGGAGCCCGUGCGCGCGGACUGCGGCCACCGCUACUGCCGGGCUUGCGUGGUGCGCUUUUGGGCGGAGGAGGACGGACCCUUCCCAUGCCCCGAGUGCACCGACGAUUGUUGGCAACGCGCGGUAGAGUCGGGCCGCCCGCCACUCAGCCGCCGCCUGCUGGCACUGGAGGAAGCGGCCGCGCGGCCCAUGCGCGAUGGUCCGGCCAGCGAGGCCUCGCUGCAGCUGCUGUGUCGCGCCGACGGCGACCCGCUGUGUGCCGCGUGUCGCACUGCCGCUGGCCCCGCUCCGCCUGAGUGGGAGCCGCGCUGGAGGAGGGCGCUGCGUGGCAAGGAGAACAAAGGGUCUGUGGAAAUCAUGAGAAAGGACUUGAACGAUGCUCGGGACCUGCAUGGCCAGGCAGAAUCUGCAGCUGCUGUGUGGAAGGGGCAUGUGAUGGACCGCAGGAAGAAGGCCCUGACUGAUUACCGGAAGCUUCGUGCCUUCUUCGCGGAGGAGGAGGAGCACUUCCUGGAAGAGGCUGGGAAGGAGGAAGGUACCCCAGUGGAGGAGACUAUUGACCCGGUGGAGCGGUUCCAUUCUCUGCUGCAGGCUGUAUUGGAGCUGGAGAAGAAACACCACAGCCUGGGCCUGAGCAUGUUGCUGCAGUGAAAGCACUAACUCAGCUGGGUCCCCCUAUGCCUGAGGGCAGAAGGAAUCACUCUGCAUCACUGGCCAGCAGCAGCCCCACCUACCCUCUUCCGCCACCUGGAUGGAGCAGCUGAAGCAGUGCUGGUGCCUGAAGGUCCAGGUCUCAGCCAAGCAUUGUUUUCGCCUCCUCAAGCUGUAAAUAUUCAGGCUGCACCACUGCCUUCUGAAGUCUGGUCCUGAGCCCUCCCCAGUGCAUCAUCUGCUCCUUGCUUGCGCACAGAGCCUGGCACCUGGCAUGCUUGGCCAUCUUCCCAGUGCCCAAGAUGGGCUGGUCACAGGAUGUUCUUCCCUGGGCAAGGACACACAGCUCAUGACUGGAUUUGAGGUUGGUACUAAGGAAAGAUCCCACUGGAUGUGACCCAGCUCUUGCAGGAAGGGAAGGAAAGACUGGUAUACCCUUGGCCCUGAGGAUUCUCCCUUGGGUCCUGCUGCAUUUUAUGCUCAGAGCUGUAGCCCUGGUCUUCUGGACUAUUCCUUUCUUUCCUUAGCUUGUGCCCCUUGGCUGCUAUUUGUGACUCCAGCACAUUCGCAGUCCCACCCUCCCUCCUUUUGUGGAAAGGCCUCCUGUCCCAGAGAGGGGUUGGGGUAAGACUAUCCCCAAGGUAUCUGCAGGCCCACCCUGGGGUAUGACCCUGCCGUGUCCCUGGCUUGCUUCUCAGUCAUUGCGCUGUUGGCUGCAGUAUUGUGGAUAGAUUAGUUCAGACAACAAAAAUCCAGCCUGGAAUGGACGGAGUGACCAGGCCAGUGAACACAGAUACAGAUGUGAAUUUAGAUUCACUGCAACAUAUGGUUCAAGGCUUGAUGAGGUUGCAGGUGGGGCCAUUUUGGGGGGACAGUUCCUGUCCUGAGGCGUCCCUGGGCUUAGAUAUGGUAGCUGUGUCUCACCUACUUCUGUGGGCUAGGCUUUCAGAACCAAAUAAAGUGGGUUUGCUCCA